CAUUCAAAGCAGUGGGCUGACUCUAUAGCAAUAGUAUGUAUCUACGUUGCUUCUUUCUGUUCCUUUGCAUAACCAUCUCUGAACUCUCCCAUCCAGGACUCGAAUGGGAAGCCGAAAAGGAGGUGAGAAUUGAAGCUAUCAGGAGAGGCAUUCUGGAGCAGCUUGGCUUGACGGAACCUCCAUGUGUGGAGAAGAAAGUGAGCAGAGCUGAGGAGGACAGAGUCUACAGUACUUACCUUCAACAAAUAAGACAAAGAACCAGAAACACAUAUAGGGACCACAGUGACAAAGACAGAAGAGGCAACCACAUUUUUCUGGUUAAAGGAACAAUAUUUGAAGACAAGAAUCAAAAACAAAGGAAAGGGAAGAACACCCAAAGGUUUAUUUUUGACCUAGAUGUACAGAGACACAAAGGCUUCCGAGUGAAAAGAGCAUUGUUAACGCUGGCUAUAAGACAGAAGGGCAGAAGAAGAUUCAAUGCUGUACUGAGGAUUGAAGUCUAUCAAGUGCUUAAAGCCAGCCUCAAAGGCAGGGAUCCUCACCGCCUUUUUGUAACGGCAAAAGUAAGCAGACCACAGAAAGCUGUUUACACAGAGAAAUUUGACAUUGAGCAAGCUAUUAAACUUUGCCUAGCACACCCAAAGGACAACUGCAGCCUUGAAGUAGUGUUUUCCCAUGAUAUCAUAAAGGAUCCAGUUGGGGCAAAACUGAAACUAGAAGGAUAUACGGCCAUAAAAAGGAGUAGAGCACGUAGGCAUGCCACCCCGGACGACUGUAAUACAAAUCAGAGGCAGUGCUGCAGGAAGACGAUGCAAGUGUCUUUCGAGGAAAUCGGAUGGGCAGACUGGAUUAGAGCACCUAAAGGAUACAAUGCAUAUUACUGCGAUGGAACCUGCCCACCUAAGUACAAAACAGUCAAUGCUUACACUGAAAUCAAGUCCAAAAUGCAUCGUCUCUCAAACGGCAUCAUUCCUGGACCCUGCUGUGUCCCUAUGGCUUAUGAACCGUUAACCAUAAUGCACCUGAACAGUGAAGGCAAAUUAACUAUUUCCACACUGGAGGAUAUAAUUGCUUCUAGCUGUAACUGCGCUUAAUUUUAUAGCUGAAUGAUACAGUCACUGAAAGCAGCACAUGUACUUAUUUUGAAACAUACAGGAUACAACACUGGAGACAUAGUACA